GGUUUAUUGGCCAGCGGCCCGGGGGGGCGGGCUCUGGAAGGCAAAUUCCGCCUCAUUGGCCGGGAAGUCGGAGACGCGAGGCGGCGGCCAUGGAAGGGUCCGACACGAGCUUCCGGAAGGAGCUGGUGAGCAAACUUCUGCAUCUGCACUUCAGGGACGACAAGACCCGAGGUGCGUGGUCCGGGGGUGCGGGGAGUGUUGGGGGGGCCGGGCCGGCCACGCACGCUGAGCCUGAUCCCUCUGCAGUGGGCGCGGAUGCGCUGCAGCUGACGGCCGAGCUGCUAAGGAUCUUCGUAGUGGAGGCGGCCGUCCGUGGGGUGCGUCAGGCCCAGGCAGAGGAUGCAGCCCAGGUGGACGUGGAGCAGCUGGAGAAGGUGCUGCCGCAGCUGCUCCUGGACUUCUAGAGGGUGCACUGGACCAGUCCACUGAAGCCAGCCCAGCGAGACCACCAGCGCGCAGCCUGUCCUCCGGCUGGUGACCAUGGGACACAGUGGUCAGCCACAGGGCUCCCAGGCUGGCAGGUGCUGGGGGAAAGGCCAGGCCCCCAGGUCCAGGCAGUGGUGGCCUGUGGCCAUGUGGCGUCCCGUCAGCGACCUUGCCCAGCUGUGGUUUAACUCUCGUUUAGUGGCAAUAAACCAGACAUC